AUGUUAAAAUAUUUAUUAUUUAUGGUUUUUUUGAUACCUUUAAGUUUUAAGAAAAAUAGAUUUUGAAUGGUACAGAAUAGAAUCUUUUUUGUUAGAUUUAUCUUUGUAUUAUUAAAUUUUUACAGAAAUUAUUGAAUGAGAAUUAGAUAUUUUAUAGGGUGUGAUGUAAUAUCUUAUGGUUUAAUUCUUUUGAGUAUAUGAAUUAGUGGUCUAAUAAUUAUGGCUAGUAGUUUAAUUUACAAUAGAAAUAACUAUCGUAAUUUUUUUUUAUUAAAUGUUGUGUUUUUGUUGCUGUUUCUUUAUUUAAUAUUUAGAAGAAUAAAUAUCUUUAUGUUUUAUUUAUGUUUUGAAAGAAGCUUAAUUCCUACUUUAUUUUUGAUUUUAGGGUGGGGGUAUCAGCCUGAGCGACUUCAGGCCGGUAUUUAUUUGCUGUUUUAUACUUUGCUUGCCUCUCUUCCGAUGCUGUUAGGAAUUUUCUAUGUCUAUAGAAGUUUAGGAACUAUGAGAUUUUAUUUAUUAAUCAAUAUAAAAAUUGAGUUAAAUUUAUUUUAUUUUUGUAUAAUUUUAGCAUUUUUGGUAAAAAUACCAAUAUUUAUGGUUCAUUUGUGGUUGCCUAAGGCCCAUGUAGAGGCUCCAGUUUCUGGUUCAAUAAUUUUGGCUGGAGUUCUUUUGAAAUUAGGGGGCUAUGGACUUUUACGGGUUUUUAGAUUUUUACAAUUUACAGGUUUAAAGUUUAAUUUUGUAUGAAUAACAAUUAGAUUGAUUGGGGGUGUAUUGGUUAGCUUAAUUUGUUUACGCCAAACUGACUUAAAGGCUUUAAUUGCUUAUUCAUCUGUGGCUCACAUGGGUAUUGUAUUAGGAGGUUUAAUAACUAUAACUUACUGGGGAUUAUGUGGUUCCUAUACAUUAAUAAUUGCCCAUGGUCUCUGUUCUUCCGGGUUGUUUAGAAUCGCAAAUAUGUCCUAUGAACGAUUGGGCAGUCGUAGAAUAUUUAUUAAUCGUGGGUUGUUAAAUUUUAUACCUAGAUUAGCUUUAUGGUGAUUUCUUCUUAGUUCAGCAAAUAUAGCGGCUCCUCCGACCUUAAAUUUACUGGGUGAAAUUAGUUUAUUAAAUAGAAUUGUCGGGUGGUCGUGAUUAAGAAUAUUAUCUUUGAGAUUAAUUUCGUUUUUUAGAGCUGCAUACGGACUUUAUCUUUAUUCAUAUACUCAGCAUGGAAGGGUUUAUUCAGGGGCUUAUAGAAGAAGUAACGGGAAAAUUCGGGAGUAUUUAAUUUUAUUUUUACAUUGAUUUCCUUUAAAUUUAUUAAUUAUGAGGGGGGAAUCUUGUUUUUUAUGACUUUAA